CCUGAUAACAAUGGUGAAUUAUUUUUCAAGCAAAUUCACCUGUGGUGAAUGGUGAAAUUGCAAGCCAAAGGAAACGCUUGUCAAAGCUGUGGUAGGUUCGGAAGAAGCAACGAAGAAGAAGUGGUUAAAUAAAAACUGUCAACAAAUCGGCCGGUAUUUUUUCAAGACAAGCUUAAACAUAUUACUGACGCAAUCGAAAGUUGUAUUUGCUUGUGAUUUUUGAAUAAAUGGAUCCGAUUAAGCGUGGAAAAAAGAGUGGCCUGUUCAGGAAGCGAUCUUUGGCAAAGAUAGCAAAGAUUGAUAAGCUGUUACAGGCCGAAAAUCAACCCGUCCCAAGCACGAGCAGGGAAACACAAGAUCCGGAACAUAUUCAUCCUGUGGCGGAACAAUCGAUCCAAGAUUCAUCGUCCUUGGAAGAUCUAUCAUCCAUCGGAGAUUUGCCAAUAGCAGAGGAGCAGGAAGUGCUAAUUGUGGAUGACGAUGAGGAUAGCGAUAUUUCGGACUACAUCAUAACGGAGAGCGAUGAAGAGGAUGAAAAUGAUCCGGACCUUGUUGUUGAAGAUGAAAACAACCAAGCUCAUCAUUUGUUUUCCAAGCGAUUGAGAGUUUGGGCAUUAUCACAUAAGAUAACUCAUUCUGCUUUAAAUGAUCUUCUCGUUUUAGUUCGUGAAACUACGGAUAUACAUCUGCCUAUAGAUUCCAGGACUUUUUUGAAGACUCCGAUAGGCGUUGGGAAUGAAAUUUCAAGAGUAGCUGGCGGGCAACUGUGGUACCAAGGAAUUCAAAACGCGAUACAAUAUUGUUUUCCAAAUAUGACCCCUGCUGUUGACAUGAUUUCGAUGUGGAACAUUAUCUACGCCCACUUGUGA